AACCAAUACAGUACACAGCACGCAACAACCGAAAACAAAGCGAAACAAAUCGAAUCGAAACAAAUCGAAACGAAACAAAUCGAAACGAAACGAAACAAAAGCAAAACACACACCAUGGCGACCGCCAGGAAUUCCGUGACGAAACGAGGCGAGAAGCCCGGGCCGCCGCGGGCCCGGAACCCAUCGCACACCGGCCCGSUGCAGACCAGCCGCGCCCCUUCUGCUCCGGCCUGCGCGGGCGGCUGCUGCCUCCCGGCCGGGACCGACGACGAUCCGUCCGCUUCCGACAGCAAGCACCGCAAGCGGUUCUUGCAGCGCCGGAACCAGCAGCGGAAGGUCCUGGGGCUGGUUGUGGCCUCCGGGGCCCUUGCGCUGGCCCUCCUGGCCCUCGCGGAAUGGUCAAGGGUGGGGGUCCGUUUCCUGCCGUCCCGCCUGUCCCUGCUGCCCUUUCUCGCGAGCAAAGGAAGCAGGCGCAACCCCGGGCGCAACCCCAGGGGGUACUUUGAUCCCUCGCUCGACGACGACGACGCCUGGGGGGACGACGACUACCCCAAACACGACCGAGUCGUCUUGGGCAACGGACACAGAGACGGACACAGACACAGAGACGGACACAGACACAAACAGGCAAAGAAACACGGACACAAACGAAAGAAGAAACGGGAAGACUCGGAGGACGAACCCGAGGAAGUCUCAAACCCCGAGGAGGUGAUGCGGCGCCGCCUCGCGGAGCUGGAGGAACUCAACGAGCGGAUGGUCUCCAACACCAACACCUCCAUUCGAUGGGCCGACAUGAGCGACGUCCCCGCCCUGCCCGGAACCGACACCACCAAACAAGAACAACGCAACAAGCUGCUCUUUGACAAAGACCACAACCAAAAGAGGUACCCGGCCUCGCCCGACCACAAGUCGACCCACCGGAAGUUUUACCAGGUCCACAGGCCGGAGGCAGAAAAAAUGGCCUGGGAGAUCGAGUUCGACGCCAUUCCCAACAAAGACCCGAAAGAGCGGUCGACCUACGUCGACUACGUCCACCACGAGUACGAAUACCCCCCGCAAAARCUCUCCGCACCCCCUUCCAGGCUGGGAGACUAUCCGAUCCUCAAACCCUACCGGGAGAUCAUGAAAACCUGGCCGCAGGACAACCUCGACGAUCCGCCCCCGGUCCUGAAGGAAUACCUGCAGCACUUUGACUGGAACGUCCCGUCCGACAUGGAGGCCGCCCUCAAAUUCCGCACCGCCAAGCUCCCCUUCAAGCUGAUCAACGUUCCGGAGGUCCUCGCCGCCACCCAGACCUGGACCGACGACUACCUGGCCGACCAGUUCGACGGGACCAAUCACAGCGGACACGGAAACCUGCCCCGAUCGAACGGCAAGUGCAACGAGGGGCCCGACAAUUUCUUUGCCUUUUUCAACGUGCCGCUCUGGGACGUUCUCACCCUCGGCAUCCCCCCCACGCGGGACAACGACUGGACCUUUCGCCGGUGGGCCAACCACGCGCACUACGCCGACCGYKUCGGGAUCAGCCCGCACCUCCCCCACUACUACUGGCAAUCCGGCGUCCCGAGGGACGAGCGGUACCAGCACCCAAAGACCUUUACCUUUGUCUCGAGGGACCUGCCCUCCUUUGCCAGCACGGAGGCCAACUUUGUUCAGUGGGUCCCGGACGCCCAGAAGGGCAUCCAGUGCCGGUUCGGGGAGCGGGGGAUCACGGCGGCGAACCACUACGACAGCGGACGCAACAUGAUCGCCAUGAUCACCGGCGCCAAGCGGUACAUCCUCAGCCCGCCCCGCGAGUGCAAGAAGCUCGGGAUCGUCUCCUCCAAGGGGCACUCGAGCUUUCGGCACUCCAUGCUCAACUACGGRCACAUGGCGCUCCUGGACGACCGGAAAGAUCCCAACGCAAGGGAMAUGCCCCCCGAGGAGGCCGCCUGGAUGGAAAUGGCCGGAACGGCCGAGGCCGUGAGCACGGUCGUCAAGGAGGGCGAGAUCCUCUACGUUCCGACCGGCUGGUUCCACUAYAUUACCAGCCUGCAAAAGUCCGCCCAGUGCAACGUCCGCUCCGGCCCCGACACCUCCGGGGACCCCUACUUUGGGGGCGCCCGGGACAUUCGGGAGAACUGCUUCCCGCACGAGUAGGGCACGGCAGGGCAGGGCCGGGUUUGGAACGGACACGCAAGCGCAAGCGC